GCUACAUGGAAUAUGUUACGCGCUGCUUUGACUCGUCGGUGGCGUGGGACGAGGAUAACUUGUAUCCCAGCAUCACCUCCUCCUCCGACGUCUUGAUAGACUUCAAGCUCCCCCAGGGCUUGAAGUUCAGCAUUUCCUCCUUGUCCAGCCCCAACUUUGCCAAUUCGCUCGGCCUCUCCAACUUCAACUACAUCAAUGGCUCCUUGUCCUAUCUAUACUCCUCCAUCGACUUGCACAAUGUGGCCAGCUCCAAGGGUGUCUUGUUGCAGGACGCCAUCCAGAACUACAAGUUCAUCCAGCCCUUGCACCAGUUGAACAAACAACUCGCCGACCACACUGCUUCCGUUGCUUCAAACAGGAACCCAAUGCUUCUCUAUGGCAAAUUGUACUUUCCUGGAAACAUCUUGGAAACCCUAUUCAUCAAAAAGUUCUCCUCCAACACAAAGUUGCUAGUCAAAUGCUUGAGCAGCAAAAACCUCAAGAACAAUGGCAUCAUGACCUUGUACUUACAGCAAAACGCCUUGAAGUAUUCUAGAGAACUAAUUUACUCUACUAACGAAAGCUUGAUUGGUUUACGGUUUUUGUACAAUUUUGGUUCCACUUAUUUCAAAGACGCUAAUCAAAAGAGAAUUCAAAAGAGAAUUCAAAACCAAAAUACUGCCUUCAAUAAUUCAGAACUGCUAAUCAAUGAAUUUAAUCAUCUAAAUGACUCUCACAACAAGUUCUACAACCAUUCCAAGUUCUCAAUGGGCGCUGAAUUAUGGUAUGGUAUUUUGAACAUGUCCCCAGGUUUAUCCUCUUCUUUACGUUACACCACAUACUCAACCUACACUGGAAAACCUUUGACUAUGACUUUAACCUGCAACCCCAUUAUUGGCCAUCUAACGUCCUCCUACACCGUAAAGACCUCCUUAAACUCAACUUUUUCUUCUAAAUUUGAUUUUAAUGUCUACUCCUAUGAAAGCAAUCUAUCUCUUGGUUGCGAAUUGUGGAAAUACGAUGGCAACAUAUCAAACGAAGUUGACAAAAUACUACUCAACUCCCCAGAUAAAAAUUCUCAACCUACUUAUACUAAUACCUUUGACUCAAAUAACGAGUAUAAAUCAUUUACUGAGAGAAAUAUUUCCAAUUUCAAAAACGUCUUUUCAAACUUGAAAUUCUCACAAUUGCUAAAAUUAUCUACAAGUCUAAAUGACAGAAACUUGAAUUUGCUAUACGAAGGUAAAUUUAAAGAUUUCUUAUUUGAGUUUGGUAUCAGCAUUAAAAACUUCAUUCCUUGUAAAUCAAAUUAUUCAAACUCGCUCACCUCUCCUGUAAAUAAUAAUGUUCUCACUCAAGCAAAUAUCCUGCUUAAAUCAAAUACUAGUGAUACCACUAAUACCACUAAUACUAUAAAUACUAAUACAAAUAACUCUGCUUUUACCUUGCCAGAAAUCGCUCAAAUUGGUUUCCAUUUUCAAUAUAGCUCUUGAUUAUAUACUUACCUCCUCACAUUUACACUCAAGCUUUUUAAUUUAUUUCAAAUCACCUUGCCUAAUGAAUCGGCUCAAUCCUCCAUUUCUGCAAUUGCGCACUUAUAAAUUUGUUUAUUAAGAUUGUUCAUAAAAUUGAAAAAAAAUUCAUCAAAUUAAAUUUCAUACCCAACUAGUUUUAACAACUAAUUAUAUUAUAAUACAAUGUUUAGUCGAAUCAAAAACAAAAAAAAAAACAAGAAGAAAAAGAAAACUUGUAAAAAAAUUUGAAAAACGAU